AUGAAAGAGGUGUUUGGCAUACGUAAACUUCGUCAUUUGCAACCCAAAUCAAUUGAGUGCUUUCUUCGACGCCAAAGCCAUAUUGUUGUUAUGGCUACAGGUGGAGGUAAAUCGCUCUGCUACCAGCUUCCAGCUCUGGUUCUAGGCGGAACUACCAUAGUUGUAUCUCCACUCAUUGCACUCAUGAAUGAUCAAGUAAAGGCCCUGUGCGACAAGGGCAUUGCCGCAGCUGUAAUUUCCUCUUCGAUAGAGGAUCGAGACAACACUGAUACAAUGGAACGAUUACUGGGCCGGAAUCUACAAGCGCAGCAAGCAAUUAGCGGCAAAAUAGUAAGGUACCCUCCAAUAGUCCUGCUGUAUUGCACCCCGGAGCAAAUACAAACUGGUCGCUUUCGAAGUAUACUCAAGGAACUUCAUCAAGGCAAACGGCUGACAGGCUUUGCGAUUGAUGAGGCCCACUGUCUUUCCAGCUGGGGACACGAUUUUCGGCCAGCCUAUCGUAAUUUGGGAUACUUGCGCGAUACCUUUCCGGACAUACCAUGCAUCGCAUGUACUGCAACCGCGACAUCCAAGGUUAUUGUAGACAUUCAGGAGACAUUACGAAUGCGUAGCGCCCCUUUGUACUUGGGUUCGUUUGAUCGGAAAAAUAUCUUUUACAAGGUCAGGUACAGGGACGCAUUGAACGCCACCAACUCGGCUAAAGAAAACAAUUCGCCUUGUAGUGGAAUUAUUUAUGUUCACAAACGUGAAGAAACAAUGAAUCUGGCCACUACGAUUGCAAGCUAUACAGGGUUACGUGUAGAAGGCUAUCACGGUGCAAUGAAAGCUGCGGACCGCACGCGAAUUCAGCAGGCGUGGACGUCGGGCGAAGUGCAGAUUGCUAUUGCAACGGUUGCAUUUGGAAUGGGUAUCGAUCUGGCGCAUGUCCGCUACGUAGUGCACUGGUCAAUGGCCAAGACGGUAGAGGGAUUCUAUCAAGAGUCAGGCCGUGCGGGUCGCGAUGGUCUUGCAGCAUAUAGCCUCUUGUACUUCUCGAAAGACGAU